AGUUUCCAGAAAUACUGGACCAAACUAUUGUUGCUGGAAAUGAACUUAUAAAACAAGCACAAGAGCAAACCACUAAAAUUAGAAAGGAAUUAGAAAGAUUCACACAGACAGAGCAGCGACAACAGCAGCAAACAACAGAGCAAAAAAGACAGCUAGAAGUUGAUUUUCUGAAGCCUAAAGUGCAACACCAAGAGCAGAAAGCUAAGACAGAGCAGGAAAAGAAAGAUCAAGAAUGUCAAACAGAACAAAACGUUUUUGAUUCUGUUGUGCAUCAGAAGCAGGAAGCAGAAUACAAGAGCAUCCAGGAGUCCUCGGCAUCGAAAAAGGGACCUGAAGUUUUGCCCGGUUGUUCCGAUAUAGUAGAAUUAAGAGACCAACUGCUGGCUUCCUCUGAGAGCAUUGAAGUUCAGCAGGAGCACUUGAAAGAACUGCAGGAACGGCUAGAUGAGCAGCGGGAAACCCUCCUGUUUCGCCAGAAAAUACAGGAGGACUUGCUGCUGCAGAGGCAUGCCCAGCUGAAAGAAAAAAUGGAGCAACAGCAAGAAGCCUUAAAAGGGAUUAUUAAACGGGUAUGCUUUUUAGUACGAGAAAAAGAAACAUUCAGGGGUCUCGUCAGGGUAAUUCUCAAAGAGGAAACUCUCCUUUCUAGCUGUCGUUCCAUUCUUUACGUUGCAGGGCCGUUUCAGAGCACGUGGACUAGAGAAGAGAAACAGAGAUUUUCAAAACCACCUUUGGUCAAAAUAAAACCAGGACUUGAUUUGGAACAGCAUGAACUUAGUGCUAUACAAGAACUUGACACACCAAGGAGUGACAGAUUUACCAGUACAGAAAUUUCAGGAUACAAAGAGCUUCUUACUGGAGAUAUAUUCUUCACUCCCCCAAUUGAUAAGCUACGGUCCAGUAAAAGCCCAACUGAGUCUUUACAGGAAGAAAUAGAUCUGCUAAGAACUAUUUCUAUUGCUGAUGAUAAAGAACUAGACUCUGGUCAAAGCCUGGAGCACAUACAAGGGUCAUGGCAAGUUGAAUCGAUGUGGAAAGCUAAUGGUUUGUAUGACUCAGUCCACUCCAAAGAAUUUACGUCUAUUGAUCAAAAUUUAUCAAAUUAUUCUGCUGAUAGUGGAAGAAUAAUUACAUCUCCUGAUCCAUCAUUGAGGCCAAACAGCCAAGUAACACUGUCACACGCCUGGUCUCCGGGGUUGUUAACGCCAACAACGUGUACACAGCAGGUCGCUUGUGGCUAUUUUACUUCAGAAACUCCUGCUGCUGCCAACUUUAUAAAAAACUACCACCCAGAUCAUGAUCUUGCUGGCAAAGAGUCCUAUGCAGCCAAGCAACAGACCAGUCUUUUCAGCUUUCCAGCGAAGGAGAUCUCAAGCACUGCUUCAUUUCUACAAAAAGCUGAUGAUUCUUCAAAGCAUCUCAGUUCUCGCCCCACUUUUGAAGAAAUGGAUUACGAUGGAAGCAAAAUCCAGCAAAUAAUAAACAAAUACAAAAAAGAUCUCGGCUGGUCAUCCCUGAGUAAUGUAUCUUCUGACCAUGAUCCAGCGGUUGGACUUGAUGCUGCUGAUAUUGAAAGAAAUUUUCCAAAUUUCCACCGAGAACUUUUUCAGCCUUUGAAGCCGAGUUUUGACUUUGAUAUCUGCUCAACUCUUUUUCACUAUAGAAUAUCUCAAAACAGCAAAGACUUAAGCAAGAUUUCAGAUUUAUCUAAGAGUCAAGAUUUAACAACUUCUACUCUAGAAGAAGGAAGCAACAGUCCUUUAUUUCUUAGCAGAGGAAAACUAAGCAGUUCUCAGCUAAAGGAACAGAGUAAUGAAAGGAUAAACCAGCCAAGGCAAGCUGUUCAAUUGUUGGCCAAAGAAUUGUCUGAACCCUUAUCUCUGGAAAGUACCUUGCACAACAACAGUUUUGGUAAAUCUGGAGCCUUCGGUUUCAAGCCUGAACAAAACCUUGAGCUAAGCAAGAACUGUGGGGAGGACCUUGUAGUUAUUUCGCCUGAGACUGGAUCCUGCGAGGAUCUGCAAGAUGACGGUGACGCUCGUUAUUUCUGUUCGUCCAUCGAAAACUUUUGCAGCCUUACUCCAGCUGACGAUCAAACCUCCAUUUACGAGAGGAUUCCAAGUUCUGGCACAAGGAAAAGCACUCAGGAGAGGACAGAAUGGGCAAAAGAGGACACUAGCUCAAGGGCAGGAAGUCUCUGCUUCGUUGAACUAGCCACAACGUCAUCCAACAACAACAAGGAAACGGAGACCAGGAGCAGAUUAGUCAUGGGGGAUGUAGAAACUGACCUCACGCGGUAUGUUUUAAAUGCCACGCAAGAGCAGAGUUUUCCAAGAUCGAAGGUACUGCUGUGUGGGUCUCAAGAAAUGAACUCUGGCAGUCCCUUUCAGAAUUCUGCUCAGGAAAAUAUCAGCCAGCCAGCCGUGUUUCCACAAUCAAAUAUGGAUGCCGUCCAGGCUAAAAGCUCGGAUUCCCGCUUGUCGCAGUGCAGCAUCCCUGUUUGGGAGACCCUUACAGGAAGAGGCAUCAUGGAAGAACCUGACCUGACACUAGUAAGCUCUAACGACAUCAGCGCUGCAGAAUCCGAUCUUAUACGCGGUGAUCAUUUUGAAGUUAGAGACUGUCCCCAGAGCAGAGGAUUUUUCCCAUUAAACCCAGAGGUGGAUGAAUUUCCCACGCAGCUGGACUAUCCGCCAGUAACUCCAAGCCCUCAAAAUGAUCCUGAUCAAAACUCCAAGCCAAGAGUAAUAUUGUCAGAGCUUGCACCUGUCCACGACAGCCUGCAGGAAUCAUUUUUGAAACGGAAGAAAGAUUUCAUUGAGAGAUCUUUGAAAAGGGUGGAGAAACUGAAAAACCGAGAGCAAAGCUCAGAAAAGGCCCAGAGUAAGGCACCUCCACUGAAAAAACCACAACUCCACAAACGAAACGUGAACUGGACACCUCACGCGGCAGCUGUUCAUCUUUUGAAGAAAGUGGAAGAAAAAAGGUGCUCUCCAGUUGACAGGAAAGUGGCCGCAGCACAAAUGCAGCAACGGACUUCAAGACUGUAUAAUAAUCUGGCGGAAGUGAAAAACAGAAAGGAAGAGAAAGACAGAAAAGAAAAUUAUGCCAGGAACAGGGAAAGAGCAAAAGAAUUUCACAAGAAAACAAUGGAAAAACUACGAGCCAGGAAAAUGAAUUUGAAAACCUAGUGUUUUGCAGAUGUCCCACAAAUAGAGGAUAAUUUAUCAGCAUUGUAUUUGAGGUCUCCUUGAUAAUUAAAUUAUGUGGCAGAAUUUGAGAUAAUUCACAUUUGGUAUGGAUAUAUUUGCAAACUUUCCAAUGCUGUAUAUAGACCAUUGUCUCCCAAUUAUGGCUUUUCAACUCAAGAUUUUAUUUUCAAACGUCAUGUGUUUGCUU